AUGUUUGUGGAGUUCACAAACACACGUUGGUUUGAGUUCAUGAGGACCAAAGCAGCAGGGGAAGCGAUCACCAGGUCAGAGUCAUCAGGUCAGAGUCAUCAGGACAGAGUCAUCAGGACAGAGUCAUCAGGACAGAGUCAUCAGGACAGAGUCAUCAGGACAGAGUCAUCAGGACAGAGUCACCAGGUCAGAGUCAUCAGGACAGAGUCAUCAGGACAGAGUCAUCAGGACAGAGUCAUCAGGACAGAGUCAUCAGGUCAGAGUCAUCAGGUCAGAGUCAUCAGGACAGAGUCAUCAGGACAGAGUCAUCAGGACAGAGUCAUCAGGACAGAGUCAUCAGGACAGAGUCAUCAGGUCAGAGUCAUCAGGACAGAGUCAUCAGGACAGAGUCAUCAGGUCAGAGUCAUCAGGACAGAGUCAUCAGGUCAGAGUCAUCAGGUCAGAGUCAUCAGGACAGAGUCAUCAGGACAGAGUCAUCAGGACAGAGUCAUCAGGACAGAGUCAUCAGGUCAGAGUCAUCAGGUCAGAGUCAUCAGGUCAGAGUCAUCAGGACAGAGUCAUCAGGACAGAGUCAUCAGGACAGAGUCAUCAGGACAGAGUCAUCAGGACAGAGUCAUCAGGACAGAGUCAUCAGGACAGAGUCAUCAGGACAGAGUCAUCAGGUCAGAGUCAUCAGGACAGAGUCAUCAGGACAGAGUCAUCAGGACAGAGUCAUCAGGACAGAGUCAUCAGGACAGAGUCACCAGGUCAGAGUCAUCAGGACAGAGUCAUCAGGUCAGAGUCAUCAGGUCAGAGUCAUCAGGACAGAGUCAUCAGGACAGAGUCAUCAGGUCAGAGUCAUCAGGACAGAGUCAUCAGGACAGAGUCAUCAGGACAGAGUCAUCAGGACAGAGUCAUCAGGACAGAGUCAUCAGGUCAGAGUCAUCAGGACAGAGUCAUCAGGUCAGAGUCAUCAGGACAGAGUCAUCAGGACAGAGUCAUCAGGACAGAGUCACCAGGACAGAGUCAUCAGGUCAGAGUCAUCAGGACAGAGUCAUCAGGUCAGAGUCAUCAGGACAGAGUCAUCAGGACAGAGUCAUCAGGACAGAGUCAUCAGGACAGAGUCAUCAGGACAGAGUCAUCAGGUCAGAGUCAUCAGGUCAGAGUCAUCAGGACAGAGUCAUCAGGACAGAGUCAUCAGGACAGAGUCAUCAGGACAGAGUCAUCAGGUCAGAGUCAUCAGGACAGAGUCAUCAGGACAGAGUCAUCAGGACAGAGUCAUCAGGACAGAGUCAUCAGGUCAGAGUCAUCAGGUCAGAGUCAUCAGGUCAGAGUCAUCAGGACAGAGUCAUCAGGACAGAGUCAUCAGGUCAGAGUCAUCAGGACAGAGUCAUCAGGACAGAGUCACCAGGACAGAGUCAUCAGGACAGAGUCAUCAGGACAGAGUCAUCAGGUCAGAGUCAUCAGGACAGAGUCAUCAGGACAGAGUCAUCAGGACAGAGUCAUCAGGACAGAGUCAUCAGGUCAGAGUCAUCAGGACAGAGUCAUCAGGUCAGAGUCAUCAGGACAGAGUCAUCAGGACAGAGUCAUCAGGACAGAGUCAUCAGGACAGAGUCAUCAGGACAGAGUCAUCAGGUCAGAGUCAUCAGGACAGAGUCAUCAGGACAGAGUCAUCAGGACAGAGUCAUCAGGUCAGAGUCAUCAGGACAGAGUCAUCAGGUCAGAGUCAUCAGGACAGAGUCAUCAGGACAGAGUCAUCAGGACAGAGUCAUCAGGACAGAGUCAUCAGGUCAGAGUCAUCAGGACAGAGUCAUCAGGACAGAGUCAUCAGGACAGAGUCAUCAGGACAGAGUCAUCAGGUCAGAGUCAUCAGGACAGAGUCAUCAGGACAGAGUCAUCAGGAUAGAGUCAUCAGGACAGAGUCAUCAGGACAGAGUCAUCAGGACAGAGUCAUCAGGACAGAGUCAUCAGGUCAGAGUCAUCAGGACAGAGUCAUCAGGACAGAGUCAUCAGGACAGAGUCAUCAGGUCAGAGUCAUCAGGACAGAGUCAUCAGGACAGAGUCACCAGGUCAGAGUCAUCAGGACAGAGUCAUCAGGAUAGAGUCAUCAGGAUAGAGUCAUCAGGACAGAGUCAUCAGGACAGAGUCAUCAGGUCAGAGUCAUCAGGUCAGAGUCAUCAGGACAGAGUCAUCAGGACAGAGUCAUCAGGACAGAGUCAUCAGGACAGAGUCAUCAGGACAGAGUCAUCAGGACAGAGUCAUCAGGACAGAGUCAUCAGGUCAGAGUCAUCAGGUCAGAGUCAUCAGGACAGAGUCAUCAGGAUAGAGUCAUCAGGACAGAGUCAUCAGGACAGAGUCAUCAGAGUCAUCAGGACAGAGUCAUCAGGACAGAGUCAUCAGGACAGAGUCACCAGGACAGAGUCACCAGGACAGAGUCACCAGGUCAGAGUCAUCAGGACAGAGUCAUCAGGACAGAGUCAUCAGGUCCAGAUGAACGUGGGUCUGGGACCAGCUCCUGACAGGGGCCCUGGGAGCGGCCCCAGCUCCUGA